CACAGCUCAUAGAAUCUUCAUUGACCAUUCCUAGCUAAUAACUCCUCUCAGAAACCAUCAUACUUCCUCUCUAAUCAUCGCCAAAAUCAAAAGGCUCCUUCAUGCCCCGGACUCAAACAACUUUUAUUACAAAAGGUUAUAGAAAGAAAAACAAAUAUCAAAGGAAACAGUUUCAGGUUUUGUUUGUCAAUGCAAAAACAAAGAGUGCUGCUUCUUUUGAUAAAGAGUAAAAACUGUGGAGACUUAAUCAACAAAUAAACAAAACAUAAAGGACCUACAUACAAUAUCAAAACCUUUGACACUCCUCAGUGCUCAUGCAACCACCGUUCUACAUGUCUCGUUACUUAAACUGAACAGUUGUUUUGUCAUCCCCGGCAAAUUAUCUCUCUCUCUAUCUUGUACUCUUCAUCUCCUUUCUCCUGUAGACUUGACAAGUUUCGGCCUUUCGAUAACUAAACUCAUUUUCAGAGUCUCGAUUGAAUAGCCCUCUCCUCCUUCUUCCUUCUCUGUACGGCUCCGGCGUUUUAGUGUGAUUCUACAAAGGAGAGAAGAUGUCAAUGAUUGGAAGCUCUUCUUCACACAACGAUCAAGAUUCAAGAAGCUUGCAAGUGCUUCUCGAAGCUUUCGGCUCUCGUUUCUCUCUAGACGACAUAACUGCUGCCUACCACGAAGCUAGUCAGAAUGUUGAUGUGGCUGGCGAGAUUCUCUUUGCCAUGACUGAAAAGACUACUGAGAGUGACCAAGUCAAAACGAAUGAAGCAACUCAUGCCAAAGCCAAAGUAUUGAGGCCAAAAAAGAGUUCUGUAUCUGUUGGCAGUGUUUCAAGUGUUAUUGGUAAGGAGUAUGUUAGAGCCAGACCUGUAUCUAAUCCUCGCCAAGAAGCGAGUAAACCGGUGAAGAUAGACUCAAAGGAUAUACCAGAAACUGAGAUGUGGUGUGAAGAAAGCAAGGAGGCAAACAUCAUAAGCAGGGCUCCAACUGAGGUUGAGGAGUUUAUUGUUAAGAUGCUUGGAGAAGGCUUUCAAGCUAGCCCUGAGCUCAUUCACCAGAUUCUUGGCGUAUGUGGCUAUGAUGUGAAGAAGAGUACGGAGAAACUACUUGACUUGUCUGAUACCAAGAAGCAUGCUGAUGCUGGAAUUUCCAAUGAACUUAUGUCAAAAGUUGAUCCUCAAAGACAGGGAUCUACUUCCUGCAACCAAGUGGAGUUCUCUCAGAGUGGUGGAGCAAGAACCUUAACAGGUUCAGAGGAAGGAGGCAAGGACAACUCUGGUCUUGAAAAGGAGGUUUUAGAAGCUUUAUUCUCAUGUGCAGAAAGAUAUGAGGAAGUGCGAAAACUAACUCGGCGAUUUAGAGAAAUUAGAGGAAGAGCUGCUGGUCGUCCUGUUGUGAAACCUUUGGAAGACCCUUUCCAAGAGAGAGUUGUCACUGUGAAACAAUCUCCACAUACAUCUAAAGAAGAUGAAGAUGAUGAAAAUGAAUACAAGGCACUCCGCAAAGCAGUGCACGAGAAUUUGCAUGAGAUGAAAGAAUACUACGGAGCUGCGGUAGAAGCAUUCUCCAAAGGAGAAACCGAGCGAGCACGGAGACUCGUGGAAAAGGGACACUUCUUCGGACAAAAAGCUCGAGAAGCAGAUGACAAAUCCAUAGCAAAGAUGCUUGAAGUCAAGGAAGAAGACAAUGGUUCCACUUAUAAGGAAGACGAGGUAGUCAUAGUGAAUGUGAAUGAGCUCGAACCAAGGGAAGCUCUUCGUCUUCUCAAACUCCAACUUAAAAACUUCACUGGCAUUCCAUCUAUCAAAUGCCUGAGAGUCAAAUUAGGUGACAACAAGGAAGAUUCCAAAUGCAAACGAAGGCAUACUGCAAUUGCAAAGCUGCUGGAGGGUGAAUCCAUUGCCUGGUCUAAAGAAGAUGAUGGCCUCGUGAUGAUGAUUCGUAUUGAUGAGAUUGACCCUGAGAAAUUGAGUUUUGCCAAGAAAUAAAAACACCAUUUGGUUCAUAUCCUUUUUGCUUAGUUCCACUACAAAAUUUGACUAUGCUGUUUCAAACAAUAUUCGUAUGUAACAAAAGCAAAGAAGCAUUUGGCAGAAAUAUAUUUUUUUUGGUUUA